GGAAGUGAGGUUAACUGUCGUAAGUGGUUUGUUGAUGUUUGUGUCAAACUCUCGGACAUUCUGUUGGAGAAGAUCCGCGGAUAUUCGAGGGAUAUUCAUCAGACGAUACUCUAAAAGGAUAGUGACAGACUCUUUAACGAGUGAGUUGUAGAGCGCAUGUCUCUUCCUCGCUUGGCAAUACAUUUUCAAGAGCUGUUAGCCGUUAAUUAUUGUUCCGUAUGAACUAGCUCCAUAGCUAACGUUAGCUAACCACAGGUAGCUAUGACUAUUCUUCCAAAGAAGAAGCCUUCUUCGACCGUCGGAGUGACCGACCACUCCGAUGACCCCGACAGGCGCAGCACCACCGAUCCGCACCCCCACACGCACCAGCACGCCAACCGGACGGGGUCGAGACCCCGCGCUUCUCCACCACCGUGGCCGUACCAGGCCGCGCCUCACACGUCAAGAGACGACAGGCGGAUCGAGGCGACCUCGCGGCCCCAACAGGCCUCCCCGCAGCCGGUGGUGGCUGGCUCCUCGGUCGGUCCAUGUGAAAGCAGCACCGCCGCGGCAGUGACGUGCGUGGUGGGGACCCGCGGAGAGCUCGCUUGCGCCAAUACCGCCGGUAGCUGCUGCUCAGGACCCGGGCUGAGCAAGAGGCGAAGGCAAACUGCAUGCUCCAGCAGUUUACCGGGAGGCGGUGGUGGGGGUCCCGGGACCGAGAGCGAGGAGGGAGCCGGUGGAAACAACAGUGAAGACGAGUACGAGAGCGCCGCAUCUCAGCAGGGCGCGGACCCAGCGACCGCCGAGCAGCAGGAGCAGUGGUUUGAAAAGGCUCUGAAGAAGAAAGGCUUUGUCAUCAAGAAGAUGAAGGAAGAUGGAGCCUGUCUCUUCAGAGCAGUGGCUGACCAGGUGUACGGGGACCAGGAUAUGCACGAUGUGGUGCGGAAACACUGUAUGGACUACCUGGUGAAGAAUGAAGAAUACUUCUCCAGCUACGUCACCGAGGACUUCACCACCUACAUCAACCGAAAGAGAAAGAGCAACUGCCAUGGCAACCACAUCGAGAUGCAGGCCAUGGCCGAGAUGUACAACCGGCCAGUGGAGGUGUAUCAGUACAGCAUAGAGCCUAUAAACACAUUCCAUGGUAUCUACCAGAACAAUGAUGAACCAAUCCGAGUCAGUUACCAUGGCAACAUCCACUACAACUCCGUGGUGAACCCUAACAAGGCCACCAUCGGUGUGGGGUUGGGCCUCCCAGCCUUCAAACCAGGGUUUGCGGACCAGUCGCUGAUGAAGAAUGCGAUCAAGACGUCGGAGGAGUCGUGGAUCGAGCAGCAGAUGCUGGAGGACAAGAAAAGGGCCACAGACUGGGAGGCCACCAACGAGGCCAUCGAGGAGCAGGUGGCCCGCGAGUCCUACCUGCAGUGGCUCCAGGACCAGGAGAAGCAGGGACGACAGCCCCGUAAGCCGAGUGCAGCGUGUAGCUCCGCCUCGGCCGCCUCCUGCAGCGCCUUCGAUGAUCGUGAUUGGUCCUGCCGCUCGCCGCGCCACCGAAGCUCCGCCCCCUCGCCAGAGCACCCAGGCCCCGCCCACUCUGACAUCCCCACCAAACCCCCCUCCCCCUGUGCACCAGGACCCAGCAGCCAGUUGUACAUGCCCCAGGAGCGUUCUUCCUCCUCCUCCUCCUCCUCCUCAUCAUCACGGGUGUCUCUCUACCCCACACUGGACUACCGCACCAUUAUGCAGAUGUCCCCCACAGCCUUCGGGGUCUCAGACUGGGAGGAGGAUGACCUCCUGGCGUCCGUGUUGGCCGUGUCCCAGCAGGAGUACCUGGACAGCAUGAAGAAGAACGCUGCGCUGCACAGAGAGCCUUCCCCCGACACCAGCUGAUGACCUCACACCCCUCUCCUCCUGACCACACCACCCCCCCGAGCACCUCCCCCUGACCCCACCACCUCCCCCCGAGCACCUCCCCCUGACCCCUCCUCUUGGUUCUCUCCUGUUCUUCUCUUCCUCCUGCAGUUCUACACACACACACACACACACCUGCUCUACUCAUCAUCUUAGCACUCUUCUCCUCUCCUCUCUUCUCAUCCUCUCCUCUCCUCUCUUCUCAUCCUCUCCUCUCCUCCUCCUCUCCUCUCUGAGUUCUGUUGUUGGCUCUAACUAUGAAUAAAGGACAGGAUCUGCUCCUUCAUGUCGCUCUUCAUUAAUAUCAGAUUAAAUACCUUUACUCAA